UCUACAUCUCGGGAAAAAAAAGAAAAAAGAUUUCAUUAGCUUUUUGUUGCGGAGAAAGCCUGAUCUGCGUGCUCAGUUCGAGGCACUUGUCGAAUUACUCACGUUCGAGCGCCUCGUUAACCCAAAACAUUCUUCCCCAAAUGCGCUUGAAUCUCAUGUUUCGCGUUUGCAUUGUGCAGCAUUUUCAGCCCUCCCUCUGCGUGGUGUCUGCUCUCCCUCCGAAGUGAACCGUGGUUUCUGCACCGUGAGACACCCUGGACUUUGGCGGAUUUGUCGCACGAUUUGCACCGCCGACAAGCCGGCAGCUUAGUAGCUUUGAGGUUCUAAACCAGGACCGGAGCCCUUCCAGGUCAUCUUUCCGCGUACACCCGGGGUACUUUUAUCCCAGGUGGUUCUUUCUUUUUUUCUUAUUUUCUUCCGGAAGUAUUUCCGCCGAGCCAACCAUGAAGUGUCGCCGAGGCUCGACGGAAACUUGUGCGGACGACUGAACGCGGCGCAGCGCUAUUCGAUCAGGCUCUCGAUCGAGGCAAUCCUGACGACGUCCCAGGACCCGAAGAGACGUCGAGUGCCGGCAUUCCUCGAUGAAGGACCGGGCAGAACCUAGGAGGGGCGGGCGUCGCUAGGGCCCCUCCCAUGGUGGGCGUCUUCCCGGCAGAGACCUGCCUGCCAUGGACACUGGCUGCGCUCCCAGGCAGCCUGCCACCGACCUGAGCCACAGCCUUGUCAGGCCGGGGAUCCACGACGCCAAUCCCUGCAGCCCGGGCAAGCUGACUGCCAGCGCAAACCAAACGGGCCCCCUGCAGAGUGGCGAUGACAAUUUGUACGUGGUGUGCUCCCACUGCGGCCAGGUCAGCCACAACCCGCGUACGUGCGACUUCUGCAGCAAGGUCCUCGAUGCCAACAUCAAGAUCCACCACAUGUCCAGGGUACCGCAAGACUGCAAGCGGCGCCUGCCCACAACAGCCCCCAACCACGCGCCUUGCAAGGCCAAGCUGGCUAAGGGCACAUUCUACGGCAGCCGGACGGGCACCACCACACAGGUCACCACGACGGUGUCUCUGUCCGCCGUGGAGGCGACGGGCGCGGUGACGGUGGUCAAGAAGUCCAGCCUGCUCGCGGCCGCCUCGGUGGAUGGGGCCGGGCAGGUGCCAGGCUCUGCCCUGGUGGUAGCCCGGGCGGUGCCGGCCACCAACGGCCGCAGCCCUCUCAAGGCAAUGCCGACGUUUGCCAGCACUGCGCGGCAGCUGCUGUCGACAGCGGGCCACACGCCUGCCAAGCUGGGACGCGCCGUGGGGCGCAGGGGACGCAGGGAGCCUGAGUGCCUGACCAUCUCGUCGGACGAGGAGAUGGACGUGGAGUGCCAGGAGGAGGUGCCCAGGGUGAUCACGAACCACCAUGUGACCACCACUACUGCCACCCGGGAAAACAGCGUCGUCCUCUACAAGGAUGUGCACUGCCCACUGCGGGAGUCGCCCCAUCCGGUCACGCCGACGGUGGUGGUGCUGACGUCGCAGUCGUCUCCACCGUCGUCGCCACUCUCCUCGGCGGGCAGCACAGCGGCCUCCCCAGACAGCACAAGCGUGGCGCCCUCCACCCCCCGGGGGGCGAACAGGGCCCGGGCCACCCCCGUGGGGCCGCCCCCAGGCGGCUUGCCGGACAGCAUGCGCUUCCGGUGCCGUAGCAUCCGGGUGGGCUCCCACAAGGUGGCGGCGGGGCACCACUGGGUGACGGCCACCAAGGCGGGCUUCGAGUUCACCCUUCGCACCGUGCAAAACGAGGGCAAGGAGGUUAGCCUGAGCCUGGGCGUGACGGACGUGACCAAGGUGCUGGGUCACCUGUCCCGCAACAUGCCCGUGCUGUACGUGACUACCACCCUCGAGUGCGGGCGCUCCCUGCGGGAGAAGCUGGGCAUGUCCCGCAACCUGCCUUGCUACUUCGACCCCAACGGCACAGAUGAGCGGCACAAAAGAAUAACGUUCCUGCCGGACCCGGCGCUGACGGACGACCAGAAAUACUUCCUGCGGACGGUCUUUCCAGCCAACCUGCUGGACGAGAUCGACCAGACGGCGGCAAACGAAAUUCUCAUCAAGUCCUCUCCCGUGCCUCCGACACCCUCACCCUACUGCUCAUCCUUGAGGCCAUCCCCACAGAAAGGCGUGGGGUCAUCGAACGAAGCUGCAGCAAGUCCCGGGACAUCUGUGCUGCUGCCCCAGUCCGGCUCUUCCUCAGGGGUGACGCACGUGGUGGUCCACAACAUCCCCACGACCUCCGCGGGCUCACGGGCCACCCGGACCUCCUCCAACGCCGGUGCCAACUGCCAGCAGGCUACCUCCGCAGUAGAAGUCCCAUCAGGGCCAAACAUCAAGCUGUUGGUGUACCCUCCUCCGCCCAAGACGGGGGGAAUCGCCGUGCACAGGGCAGAUCUUCGGUGCCUCGGCGAGGCCCAGUUCCUCAACGACGUCAUCAUUGACUUCUACCUCAAAUACCUGAUGCAGGAGAAGGUGUGCGAGGAGGUGCAGAGGCGAACCCACGUCUUCAGCUCCUUCUUCUAUCCACGGCUCACCCAGAGGCUAAACCAUAGGGCGCAGGGACAGGCUGGCCUCACGCCUGCGGCCCGUCGGCACCGCAACGUGCGCACGUGGACGCGGCACGUGGAUAUCUUUGCCAAGGACUUUAUUGUGGUGCCGAUCAACCAAAACUCGCACUGGUUCCUGGCCAUGGUGUGCUUCCCGGGCCUAGUGGCCCGCUCCUGCCCCCCGCAGGAGGUGCCCCAGGAGGAGAGGGUCGCCUCUGCCGAGCAGAGCCCCGCAGCAAGUCCCCAGGUGCCCGAGGACAGGAUAGACUCAAGUCAGGAGGAUGGCGAGAGUGUCUUGGACUCGGAGCCCGAGGAACCUCUGGAAGCAGAAGAUGCCGAAAACCCCUUACCAAAGUCAUUUGAUGCCACGGCAGAGAAAGCGUACAUCUUGAUCCUGGACUCUCUUCGAGGAGGCCAAGGCAACAAGUGUCGCAUAAUGUCCACGCUAAGAGAGUACCUGACGGAGGAGUGGCGGGCUAAGAAAAAGAGCCAGCUGGUUUUCUGCGCCUCCAACAUGAGGGGGUACACCCCCAUGACGCCGCAGCAGGGCAACUACAGCGACUGCGGCAUCUACUUGCUGCAGUAUGUCGAGAGCUUCCUCGAGAAUCCACCCAACCUGGGGAAGCUGCUCAAGCUGGACCUGGGGGACUGGUUCCCCGAGGACCGGGUGGCCCAGAAGCGGGCGGACAUCCGGGACCUGAUCCUGCGCCUGCACGUGCAGCAGCACCCGGGCAGUGACUUCCCGGACCAGUGGCGGCUCGAGGAGGAGGCCCUGGCCGCCCAGCAGUGCCUCCAGGUGUCCGGCUCAGACGACUGCGACCGCCCACAGCAGACGGCUCCCACCACCGUCGUCUUCACGGCCGCCCCCGUGCCCAACACCAUUGUGCUCGUCUACCCGCAGUCCUCUUCGGUCAGCUGAGAGUGUCCGGGUGGCCGCGCGCGACGCGACGGGAAACGUGUGACGAACCACCCUUUGUGCGGGGGUCCUGUGCGCCGAGUCACCGUACGAUCAGCCUCGUCUGGAGUGUGACUCGCGUCAUCUGCUAAUGAAAUGCCCCUUUUUUUUUUCUUCUUUUUUGUAUGCAUGGGACGACGGACAUUGACUUUCUUGGUCUUAAAGUUUCGAAUCCAACUGCUCGCCUUCGAUCGGCAUUUGUUGCCCGGCCGACUUCUGUGCAGACGUUUCGUUCCGGUUUCAUCCGAUUCGUGCCGGGCGUUGGGCGGAACAUGACUUUAGCUUGUUUCGAGGAGAAUAGAUUUUGUCUUGCUUGUUUCUUCUUCUUCUUUUUUUUUUUUUUUUUUUUUUUAAUCUUAAACAAUGAGUUGGGUUGACAUCGUAAUCCGUUUGGAUGAGGUUGGGCAUCUACGGAUUGGCUUCCGAGUGUCCGUCGCAGACGACGAGGCGCUCCGGUCGCUUUUUGCCACAAAGACGUACUCGGUGUCCUGGAGUGCAUUUCGCAACCAUCGACAAUGCGGGCCGAGACGCCCGCUCCGGCUUUUGCGUGGUCUUUCUUCUUGCGCAGAUUUCCGGGUCAUCCCUAUUUCUUUAGAAAGCUGCAUUACGGUGCAUUGCUCCGCCGGCACUUUUAGCUGUCUGAUCUAUGCAGUCGGUCGUGUUUUUCCUCUCUCGGCGCAUCGUCCCGUUUUUUCGGGGAUCUCUUUCGGAGCGAUUUCUUUGCGUCUCCUGUCCAAGAUCAAAGUAGGAGAUAUGGCGUGCGGUAGCCCAUAACGGUAUUGCCGCACCUCCUCUCCGGCGUUUUUAAUUUAUCGAUCCGCAAAGAGGAAUGCCCCGUCCGCGAUGUAAUUCGGUCAUUUGCCGCUCGCACCAAGAAGGUUUUUUUUUGUUUGUUUUUUUGUCAACCUCGUUAAGUUAUUUUUUUGUUGCAAAGCUAAUCUACCUUGUUUUUAGACCUUCGGGCGUAUGAUAAUGCACAAGCGGCAGAGGCACGAGAAGUCUCAUUAGGUGGUUUUGCACACAUUUUCGUUGCGCUGUAAAGCUUCCCGUGAAACUGUUUGAGCGACGUCUGUCUAGUUUUGUCGUGGAACAGCUUCUACGUCGAGGUCGUGGCAGGAGUCGUCUAUCUGUGCACCGACCAUUGUUUGCUCCCCUUAACGUUGUGUUGAGCAGUCAGUCCAACCCAUACCAAAGGCACGCCAAGGCACAUUCCGUUAUUCUAGGCGUUCUCUUGUCUCCGACCAGGAAAAAAAAAAAACAGUCGCAAGUCGAUCGACCGGCAGGGCAGCGAUGGACGGCAGUGCCGGUAGACCGCGACAAUGAAGCGCCACCCGGGUUGUCUGCGACUUUCGGCAGCAAGUGUUCUGCGACAGUGACUAGAAAGCAUUUUUGGAGCGAGUGGUUCCCACAACCGAGCGACGUUUGCAACAAGGGCAAGACGUGCAAGGACCGUCUCACAAGCUGCACUUCAAGACCCCCCCCUCCCCCCCCUCCCCUUUCCCCCAAACUUGUAUUUAAAACGAGUAAACUCUUCGACAUGACUGGUAGAAAGAAGAGGUGUUGAUGCUGUGCAUUUUUACUGGACUCCUGUUUAUAUCGCGUGUGGACCCUGUUGCCUCAAGUCAUAAAUCAAUUGUUGUGUUGUACCUCGAGGAAUGGUAAUAAACAGGAAAAGCAGCUGGCAUUGUUGGUUGUGCAGCGUGCUCAGCUCUCUGGAAACAUC